ACGAGUCCUUAGCAUUUUGUGUUAUUACGCUAAAGUGGAAAGGGUAAAUAAAUCGUCAUCAACUCAGACAGUUUAUAAUAGAAACAGUCUUCUUCCACCUCAAGAACUUCCGUCCGGUGAUACACUCUGCCGCCGGUGAUACCCUCUCUCCUCUAUCUUUUUCUCUCCGGCGGUCAGAGAAGAUUGAGGAAUGGCGUUGAAUCUUUAGUGGUGAGCGUUAAAACUGUUAAAAGAGAGAGAGGGAAGAAGUGAAAAUGCUCUGCCGGAAAAAUUCAAGCGUCGUGGACAGAGGCAACGUUCCUGUAUAUCUCAAUGUAUACGAUCUAACUCCCAUAAAUGGCUAUGCUUACUGGUUUGGUCUUGGCGUUUACCAUUCUGGUGUUGAAGAGUAUGCUUUUGGAGCUCAUGAAUAUCCAAGCACUGGGAUUUUCGAAGGGGAACCGAAGCAAUGCGAAGGAUUUACGUUUAGGAAAUCGAUUUUUAUUGGUAAAACGGAUCUUGGGCCUUUGGAAGUGAGAGCUACGAUGGAGGAACUUGCAGAGAUAUACGAAGGAAGUUCUUACAACCUCAUCACCAAGAACUGCAACCAUUUCUGCAAUGAAAUCUGUGUUAAGUUAACCGGGAAUCCAAUUCCUAAUUGGGUUAACCGUCUUGCAAGAAUCGGUAAACUCUCUGGUAACUCCCUUUAUUCUUUUACAUUUUUGGUUUCUUUCUUACUGAAGACGUCAUAGUCUGAGAGUCAAAAAGAAGUUAGUAGUAGUUGUAUUCUGCAAGUCUUAGCCUUUGGUUACAUGUAGACUCAAAUGUUAACUAAGUUUUAUUUUUUUUUUAUUUUUUUUUUUGAAUGACCCGGUGUAUCCUGGCCCCCACCGAGGUGGGUCCAGACUAGCGGCGAGGGUCCUUUGCAGCCUACGUUAUCGGCCGGAUCAACGCCUCGGUCACCGGACGCUGGGGGAGCCCGGAUGUUAAAUUUUGCCCCUAGUGGCCAGCGGGGAUCGAACUGCGGGUACCGUAUUUGGGCUCUCCCUCAAGUACCACUGGUUAUUAACUAAGUUUUAGCUUGAAAGGAUUCAUGUGCAACUGUGUGCUUCCUGCAACCAUAAACGCGACCAAGCUAGGGAAUAACGGAAUCAAUCAAGACAAGUCAAGUGAAGCAGAAACUGACGAGUGGAUCAAACAGAGAGAGCUCUACGACGAUUGAUACUCCUUCGUCAUCAUCUUCGUCUCCUUCAGUUCAAGUUCGUGGUAGAAGCAGAAAAAGGCAUCCUCGUGCCAUAUCCUUCAUCGCCAGUGAUUCUCAGAUCUUCCACCGUUUGAUUUGCUUUGUUUGUUAAAAAAAUCUUCUCUGUUUUUUUUUUUUCCAUCUAAUUGCGAUUGUGCUUUGUAAUCUUGUUAAUUUGCAGACCCUCUUUUCCUGUAAUCUUAUUUAUACUUUCGGCUUUUGGAUAGCAAUUUUACACAAUCAUUAUAUAUCGA